AUGUGCAAACCAGUCAGCGCGGCGCCUGCUUCCCAAAUUAGACGUCGUCCGCCUGAUUUGUCAGCCGAAGAUCAUCCGGCCCUCGGAGUAGGACAAAACAGACUAAGACAUCUCCUAAUUUCAAACAAUUUACAUCUCACUCCUAUGCAUCCAUUGCCUAUUGAACUUUGGGAAGAAAUAUUUGUUCAUUGCCUUCCAAACGUCAACGUUCUAUCCGGCGACGCUUGGGAUUCGAACGUCCGUCUCACUCCAGGGGAGGCGCCACUUCUUCUUUGCCGAGUCUGCAAACUAUGGAGGCAAAUAUCCAUCGACCUCCCAUAUCUUUGGGUAUCUUUACCAGUUUUUGUUUCUAUGGGGAGUUCAUAUCCACCUCCUGACUUUGUGAGGACAUGGAUUGCCCGUUCGGGACAUCUACCUCUGUUGCUAUCCCUGUACCAGCAAAACGGAUCUGACGCCAAUUGCUUUGUUGCGGAGGAAGUAUUACGCGUUUUCAGCCAACACGCCUCCAGGUGGUACAGUAUUCGGUUACACCUCUCAAGAAACGCACGUCUACCGAUUCUAGAGUCCACCCCUAUGUUGGAGACCUUCAAGAUACAAUCGGCUGAAGUUGAUGCUCUUAUGGGUCUCAAAGUCGUUCCCCGCCUUUUGCAUAUCCAUGUCUCUCACAUUCCAGAUCGUUCUCUUUCUGGAGACCACUCUUCUCCUGUUCCAUGGAUACAGCUGACCUCUUUGACCCUUGACUCUGUCUCCGUUGAAGCAUCAAUUCGAAUCCUCUGCAUGUGCCCAAAUCUUGGGAAGUGUUCAUAUACCAUUGAUACCCAUAACGGCGCCGUUCUUUUCCAAUCGGUGGUUCACGUCAUGCUUAAAUCUUUGGUCGUUAACAUCAGUCACAACUAUCUUUCCACAUUCUUGGAGCAUUUGAGUCUACCUCAACUAUUUCAGUUCGCUGUUCACUUCAACGACAUGGCCCGCUGGCCUCAAGGCACCUUCAGUUGUUUUCUCGAAAGAUCUAGUUGCCACCUUCGUCGGCUCGAAGUCUAUAAUGCAGGCAUAUCAAGUACUUGUUUUCUUAUUUGUGUACUCCAUCCCUGCCUUCAAUCGCUAGAAGAACUGGUUAUUGACGACCUCGGGGACUGGACAAAGGAACCAUUUGUGAUAGACGACAUCCUCGUGAUUCUGUCGUAUUCGUCAUUGCUUUCCUUCACUCUCUUCAAGAAGCCCUUUUGCUGCCUACUUCCCUACCUAGAAAAGCUUGUCCUCCUCAACAAUCGUCUGGUAGCAAGAGACGGAGCUUUUGCGGAUAUGGUGGGGUCCCGAUUGGGGCAUGCUAGUCAUUUCCGAGGGUUCAAAUGGUUGGAGUGCGAACUCUCUACUGACCAUACGGAAGAUCACAGCCGGUUGCACGACUUGCAGAGGAAUGGUCGUCUGGAGUAUCUUCGACUUCCAAGCCCCCGUUUGGCUUGA